GGCACCUCCUCCUCCUGUUCAGGCAGCUAGUGGGAAAGGCUGUUUGGUAGGCUUCUCCGGCGGCAGCCUUAGGCCUGCCGUGGUAUUGCGCCCGUCUGCCCCUCCGCUGCUUCCUCCCCCUCAGAACGGCUUCCACAGCAGCAACAGCCGCUUCCGCUUUAGAUUCUGCCUCCAUCUUAGCCCCCGCGGGUGCCCGCGUCCCACCCUGCAGCCGUCUCCUCCACUUCGGUGAGUCUUUUCCUGUCAAAAAGCUAAUAAUGGAAGGGCUUGGGGAACAGGGCGCAGCUGGUGAAGAGGGCCCAUUAGUCGGCGCGGUGGCAGCCGAAGCCUCUCCACAGGCCUUGAUGGGGUACUCCUUAGACGAGGACUUUAUUGAGAACCUGCCUCUGGCAGUUAAAUACCGAGUGUACGCUCUCAAAAAGCUUCAGGCCAAAUCUGCAGGUCUAGAAGCCAAGUACUUGAGGGAAUUUCAUUCCAUUGAGAGGAAAUUUGCCGGCAUCUAUGGGCCCUUAUUGGAAAAGAGACGCCAGAUCAUCAAUGCGCUCUACGAGCCCACGAAAGAGGAGUGUGAGGUGAAGUCUGCGGCCGAGGACUAUGAUUACAAUGAGAUCGGAGAUGAUUCAAAUGCCCAGAUGCAGGGUCCGGAGGAGAAUCCGGAGUAUGAAGACUUGGAGGAGUAUUGCGAGGAAGAUUUUGAGGAUGUGGAAGAUGUGUUUGGGGAAUAUGGAGGAAUCGAGGGACAUAAUGUGGACGAGGAGAAGGAGGAGCCUACAGGGAUCCCCCAUUUCUGGCUCACGGUUUUAAAGAACGUCGAGGAGGUCUCUCCGUUGAUUCAGAAAUAUGACGAGCCCAUUCUGAAGCUCUUGCGAGACGUGAAAGUCAAGUUUUCAAAACCCGACGAGCCCCUCGCCUUCACUCUGGAAUUUCACUUUGAACCCAACGACUACUUCACAAAUGAGAUGCUGACCAAAACUUACACGCUCAAAUCUAAGCUCCAUUACUCUGACCCCCACCCCUUUAGGGGAUCUGCGGUGGAAGAUUGCAUUGGCUGCAAGAUAGACUGGAAGGAGGGAAAGAACGUCACUGUGCAAACGGUCCAGAAGAAGCAGAGGCACAGGUUCUGGGGACUGAUGCGCACAGUGACCCAGGAAUUUCCUCGAGAGUCCUUCUUCAACUUCUUCAGUGCUCUCCGCUGGGGUCUGGAUGCUGAUGAAGAUGAAGAAGACGUCUUCAUCGCUCACACUUUGCGCACCUUUGUCAUCCCAAGAGCCGUGUUAUACUUCACAGGAGAAGCACUUGAGACUGAGCAAGAGGGAUUGGUCAGACAAUGUAAUGACCUGGUUUAUGACAAAGUCACUUAUGAGAACGGGACGGCUGCUGUUGAGGGUGCUAAAGGCCAAUGCCUGGACUCCCAGGCAGAAGAUAUUGAUCGCUGAAACAGAGAGGUUGGUGUACAUGGGCCCCCAGAUAAGGAGCCUUCAUUUACAAUAACUAAAACUUAACCAUAAAUUACUUACAAUCUUAACGUUUGUCUCUUCCUGGUAGUCUCAGUAUGAAACUAUGUCCAAAUAUAUUUAACAGUGCAUUCCAUCUAGUACUACAGUAAUGUAAACAUUUUCAGGAAAUGUAGAAGGCAGUGAAUUCUCUAAGCAUGUGAAUACCUUGCUAUUAUAAAUCCAUUGGCUUUUCUCAGGUUGCUAUUAGUUUCUAGCCAAGAAAAAAAUUACCAGAACUCGUAAUUGAGAUGUAUCUGUUUCGAGCUUUUUUCUUUGAAAAAGCAAAGCAAGACUGCCCCUUUCCCCAGCACCCUUGAUAAUGGACUUUAUUCUGCUUGCCCUAGCUGUGCCUUCAUCUCUUUGUUAUAGAAAUGCAGCAAGUUAUACACAAAUACACUUGAUUUAUAAUUUGAGAAACUGCUAGCAUAAGAAUAAACAUUUGCAGCAAACCCACAUUAAUGUUAUUGACUGUUAGCUUGUUUAUAGGCUUCUGUAUUUUAUGUGCUAUAGUGAUCUACUGAGAAACCAACUGUAUUAUUGCUUAUCAGCAAGGUAGAGUUAAACCAUUUUUCUUAAAUCUUGCCAUAUACUUCUGCAAAGUGGGGUUAAAAUAUAUAUUUUCUUUUCUGGAAUGUACCUGUCUCUCAUGGAAAUUACAUCAUAAGUUAAGCUUUUUUCCUUAUGUUUGUUUAUUCUAAAAUAAAAUUAAUACAUAUGUUAAA